AACAGAUAUUGCAGAUGAGCCAGAUAUAAAUCGUAUGAAACUUAUAGCCGACGAAAAAUAUAAUUCGGAAAGCGAAUUUAGACAAAUGUUUAAAAAAUGUCGGAAGUGAAAAUAUACGUAUACACGAAUGCUACCAUAGCAAUUUUGUAUCGACUUACGCAAGUAUGGCGUCCAAUCCUAUUAUCUCGUUGGUGCAUAACAUAACCAUAUGAUGUUCUGUUAAUGAAAGAAAUCUUAUCCCGAGCUUCGAAGGGAUAACACGAUCUUCCGGAACUAUGACAGGACCGUGACAUUCGUAAGUGAAAGUAGUUCGUAUAUCAUCGUUCAAAAUGCUAGAUAUCGAUUUUAUUAGGGAAUACCUUAGUCUGCAAAUUAACGAAGCAAUUUGUUGGUGGUGGUAUUAUAUCAGAGAAAUUUCGUGGCAAUUGCUAAUUGCCGUUGCCGCGUAUCUUUGCGUUUGCGUUUGUCUCUAUUCAAUCUUGAAAAGGGUCAGCCACACAGCGUGGCAGCUUCCAGGUUCACCUGCCCGUAUAUUGCUAGUCACUGCUCAUCCUGAUGAUGAAGUCAUGUUCUUUGGUCCACUGGUAUACUGGGUGACAAGAUCAAAGGCUACAGAGAUUUACCUCCUUUGUCUUACCACUGGUGGAAAUAGAAGGAGAAAAGAAGAGCUAUGGGACUGUACAAAAAUAUUAGGGAUUCCAGAAGCUAAUGUAACUAUAAUAAUGAGUACAGAGUUACCUGAUGACCAAAAUGUACAAUGGCCAACAGAGGUAGUGGCAGAGUGUAUUUUACAACACGUAGAAUGUUACAAAAUCAAUGCAGUUGUAACAUUCGACAAGCAUGGUAUAAGCAGACACAAGAAUCAUAUCUCGCUAUACUUUGCCAUAGCUGCAUUAUGCAUCGAGAAAAAAGUACCAUCUUACUGUAAGCUGUACGUAUUAGAGUCUGUGAAUAUAAUUAGAAAAUACGCGCAGCUUUUAGAUUUACCGAUUAGUUUAUUGUUUGCUUCCUACUGGUAUUUGGUAACAUAUGAACAAAAAAAGAUCAUAAAGAACGCCAUGACUGCACACAAGUCUCAGUAUGUCUGGUUCCGUAAAUUAUACAUGAUAUUUUCACGGUACACGUUCAUCAAUACCUUCCAAGAAAUGAGCGCCCUCGAUUUGGAAUUGGACCUCCAGUUCGACGACGAUUAACUUGCACGGAUUUUUACAAGCUUGUACAAAUUGUAAUUAUUUGUAUAUAAUAAAAUAAAAUUUGUCUAUUAAUAUGCAAUUAAAAGCUAGGAUUUUGAGAAUACUUUUAAACAUUUUUAAAGAUUAUACAUAUACACAUUUCUAAUAGAAAGUACUUUUUAUUCGACCUUACAGGAAUAUACAAAUAUUUUAGACGAAAAACUGUAGCGCAUAGUUUUCAAAAAGUAACGAUACAUCGACUUUUUAUUAUACGCAAUUCGCGCAUUAAAUUUUCUUGUACAAUCCUCUUUGUUGCAAACUUGUAUAAAUAACAUGUAAUCUCGAUAUGUACUUAUCAGGUGUGCGUAAUAUAGUAUCAUUCAUAUCUAUUUGUCCUAAAUUAAAUUUUCCCCCAUCCCUGACAUUUAUUACGCGUUCAAGAAAAUUACGAAUUAUUAUUGAAAGAUUUGAGCAACUACAAAAUUAUUGCAAGCUUAACUUUAUUAAUUUACGUAUAUUCGUUUUAGAAUCUUUCUCGGCAAUAACUCGCGAUAUACGUAAUUACGCUUUAUUCGUGGUUUUAGAUCGCGUAAAUUUGGCACUAUUCCGUUCUGUGCAUUGAAAGUACAAUUGGAUUUAAAUUUCUAUUGCCUUCCCGAUACUUUCUAAUAAAGUUUGAUCUCUUUGAGUAAUUGUACAAUGGCAGUAAAUCUAUAAUGUAAUACUUAAUCACUCAUACUGGAAGAAAGUAUAAUUAGUAAAUUAAUACGUGGCAUGAACUUUUUCUUUUUAACACAAGCGUAACAAAUAACAAAUUAAAAAUGAAUGUAACA